AUGGUGUUGGCCAUUGUUACACUGGUAUCUUAUGAUAUCAUCUCGUCCACACCUUUGUCUUCUCUCUCUAUAUAUACAUCUGAGGUGUCGCCUCCCAAUACACCGAUCUUUUCUCUCUUGCUCUCAUUGUCUCCUAACAGUCGCUCGAAAUGUUACGAAACAUCACACCAUGUCGAUUUUCAAGAAGAAAUCGAACUGUACGAAAGUCAUUCGGUCUAUUCUCGGAGUAGAGAUACUCAUAUGAGCGCCUACGGAAGAAGAAACGUGUACUAG